UCCGACAUCGUGGUGGUGAGUGUGUUCUCGAAAGCAAUGUUGUGGAAGAAACGUGUUCAAAAAGGGACGGAGGGGAUGGCGGCCUUGUGAGUUGAAAGGAGACUGUCGAUUUGGAGAAUGUGGGAGAGAAGAUCGGAUAAGGUUGUGGUGGCCUCAUGGACGAGGAUUGCGGUGAUGGUUGGAGACCAGCUUGAGGCGGGAGAUGAAAGUGUCAUCGACGAUCAAGUGGACGACAUAUGCUCUUGUAGUGCGCAAUUGGACAUAGAGGUGGGUAUCCGGAGGGAGGUGACGAUGGAUGAGGUAGAGAUGGGUUGUGAGAGGGGAGGUGUGGGUACGGAUUGGGUGCCCAGGGAAUGGUGCAGCAAUUGGGCACUGAGAGGGGUGGAGGAAGGAGGAGGUGGGUGGGACACGCCGCUAGUGGCCGUUGGGAUGUGGGUGGUAGAGGCAAGGGUGGCAGAUGGACCAGCGGUGGAAGUUGAGAUAGAAGCGGUGGAGGUGGGACUGGCGGAUGGACCGGCGGUGGAAGUGGAGGCAGAAGAGGUGGAGGUGGGAGUGGGAGUGAGGAGAGGAGGACAAGGGGGCAGACUAGAACCCGACAUGGAAGGGGGAUUCGUGGUAGUGACCACUUGGAUAAAAGGGGUCAAUGUUUCUGCCAUGUUAUCUAUCCGGCUGGAGAGGUUGGAGAUGGGGGUGGCGAAGGAGGAUUGGAGGGCGCGGAAGGUGUCUUGCAUGGAUUGCAACAUGGUGAAUAGGGAGAUGUUGGUGGGGGUGUCUUAAGGUGCAGGUUGUUCAGUCGGGAAGUCACAAAGCAAGUUGUCUACAAAAGCAGUGUCAAUGGCGCUCAUGUUGAUGGUUGAGGAACCAUCCACAAUUGUGGAGGGAGCCCAGGGGCGAGGAAGUAGUAGCGGUGGAGGCGGCAGCUGCAGCGGCGUCCUCAACGGCGCAGAAGGCAGCACGCAAAGAGUUCUUAGUGUGGCGGAGCAUGAAAGGGAAAAAAAUGUGUGAAUUCUACCUGUUUUUUUGGUAUUAAAUUAAAAUUUUAAUGCAUUUUUAAAGGGAAAAAGAAUUAUGAGGGAAUUAAUUGAAAUCGGAGUUUGAAAUUUCCAAAAUUACUUAAUUUAAAAAAGUGAAAUUUCUAUUUAGUUCGAAUGGAUUUAAGGUUAUUUUAAUGAAUUUAAAUGCAAUCA